AUGGACGAGGACAAGCGCCACUACUCGCUUUCGGCGCGCUCUAACGCCGUAUACAACAAUUUGAACCUGUCGGCGCGCUCUCGGCAGGCCAUGCAGCUAGGAAACAACACUGGUAGCCGCUUUCCGGCGACGGAGCGCUCCAGACACAUUAACCUCAGCCAGGUCUCGACCAUCAGCUCGGCUACGGGCUUUGAGGAGAUGAGUCGCGUGUCCCGCUACUCGUCGGCAUCUUCAGCGUCUUCUGCCUACUCGGUCCCGUCGUCAGUCGCUUCUUCUUAUGGGGGCGACCGCUGGGCUCCUCAACACGCCUCCAACUCGUGUAACUUGUGUCGUGAAAAGUUCUCGCUCCUACGACGCUCACACCGCUGCCGUCGCUGUGGCUACCUCUUCUGCGCCAAAUGCUCCAGAUUUAAGGCAGCGCUAACAGGCCACACACACAAAUCCAGACUGUGCGAAACAUGCUUCCCCAAGGUUCUGUCCGGCAGCAAACCGCCUAUGAACGCCUUCGUGCACUCCAAGGCUUGGGUGCCGCGCGGCGUCUUCACGCAUAUGCUGAGCUAUCUGAACCACGUGGACUUGUGCUUGGCCUCCAUGACCUGUCGGUUUUGGUACAAGCGAGCGCUAUUGGACAUCACAUGGCGGCCAUUAUACAUCAAGGAGUUCGGAGACGACGAGAGCAGUCCCCAGCGCGAUUCUCUCGUGGCAUUCCAGCGUGAAGUAAACGGCAUCGGCUUCGAGAACUUGUCGUGGUAUAACAAGUUUGCUAUCCGCUGGACGGCACGCAAAGCUGCCGAAAAGAAGAAGAGCUUCUUGGUCAUGUCCAGUCUCUUGGCGUCGCUUAAACUCAGUAAGUACGCGGCUCUUUUUGAAGCAGAGGAGAUCGACAUUGAGUCGCUGUGUCUCAUGAACGCUGGCCACCUGCGUGACCUCGGUAUCCCGUUCGGUCCCCGUAUGAAGCUUCUGAAUGCAGCAGCGUGUCUGGCUGACUUUAACGAGGACGAUGAUGACGAGCGCCCGUCGAUGGAGUCCAUGCCGAUCACUCCAGUGGCUCGAUUCAAACAGAAACGCGCAGAGAUGAAGCAUUUCCGUGCUGGACUAGUGCGUCGGGUACAGCAAUCGGCUGUUCGCAUCGCUAUUCUGACCAACGAGGGAGAACUAUGCAAUGUUGGCUCUGGAAUCAUCAUCCACGAGGACGGUCUUAUCGCUACGGCGAGACAUUGUCUGCAAGGAGAGCAGUUCGACUGCAUCUACAGCGACGAGUAUAUGAUUCUAGUGGCACCUACCGAAUCUACGUCGUUGCCGCCGUUAUGGAAGUAUCAUGCACGUGUGAUCCCUGAAUGCUGCAACGAAGAGCUGGAUUACGCUCUUCUUCGCUUGGAUUGCGAGGUGAUCUCGGACCCGCCUAGUGGAUUGUACAUUGGCGACGUGACGGACCGUAUUAUUGCUCGUAACUGGACUGUGACGAAGCUUCAGGGCACUUCCCGAGAAACGAUCGGUAAGCUGCCUGCAGUACGCAUUGGAAACUCAAACAAUGUGGAGCCUGGCGACGAGAUGUGGAUGUUUGGCUACCCUAGCAGUGGCCACAACACCAUCACAGUGCAUCAUGCGAUCUGCUCCGGUACAGACUCGCAAGUGUACGAGGACGAGGAAGUGGAUAAGGCGAUGCUCCGCACAGCAGCACAGCUGGACAAUGGCUUCAGCGGUGGUGCAGCUGUGGACAAGAAGGGCCAGUUAGUGGGUCUGAUCUCCUUUAGUGUGCUGCGCCAAGAUCGUGUGCGUGCCAUCAACAUGGUCAAGGGAGCCAUCGAGUACGCCAAGCGGGAGUAUAACUUCUCAUGA